AGGGGAUGCUCUGAAAUAACUACAUAAUGAUGAUGAAUUGUAAAAAGUCUGAAUUCAUUGAUGACUUUAAGGACACAGCGUCACGCGAAUAUCUCCCUCGAGUUGAAAUAUUUCAACAAAUUUCGCGCCUACUCACAUCCAUUCACUUCUUGCACUGACUUUGUAUUUAUCUCGUCGCUUGACAAAUUGGAACACAGCAUGAGGCUGCAAUCUGGAUCCCUCAAAUAUUUUAGUUGAUUGACUUAACGAUUAUUCUAUGAACUGAGAAAAUAGUGAAAAAACAUCCAUCACAGUUUCCUCGAACCCAAGGUGAUGUCUUCAACAGCUAACAGACGUGACUCUCCCUCUUAUGAAGUUGAUUUUCCAAACAAACAUUUGCAUCUUGAGUCAAACUUAUAAUAGGAAACUUUUUGCUGAAUUCAUUUUGAGAAACCUUUUACUCCCCCUCUCCUCAGAGCCUCCCCGUGUCUCCCUCAACAUUGGACCCGCUCUCUCGCUGCAGGAGGGCGGCGAGCAGAAGGUUUCCUGCGACGCGGAGAGCUACUACCCUCUGGACGUGGAGAUCAUUUGGUACGUCCAGGACAUGGCGAUGGCGGGCAGGAGGGUGGGCGCUCCGCUCCCGAAGGAGCUCCAGAACGUCCUGCUGUCCAGCCACAAACACAACCAGGACAACACCUACUCGCUGACGGCCUUCUUCUACCUCGAGGCAUCCCUGAAGGACUCGGGGAAACAGUACAUGUGCAGCGUCUCCCAUCAGUCCCUGAGGAUGCCCAUCAGAAAGAGCUUCAUCCUGACUGUUGAGGAGCCCAGCAGCUGGAUGUAUAACCUGGUCUUUGGCUUCGGGGCGGUCACACUGGUGGUCGUCCUGCUUGUGCUGCUGCGUUACCUGCAAUCAGCGAGAAAACAAGCAGUGAUGAAGAAGCCAUACUGAGCAGACCAGUGAUGCUGACUCUCCUCCUCACUCGCUCAUUGUUGAUGUAGAAUGUCUCAGACGUUUGAUGUUUGUUUGUUUGUUUCAAAGUGAUUUUAGGUUUUUAUGAAACGGAAUGUGUUUUUUGUUUUUGUUUAGCUCAUGUCAAACAAAAAGACUUGAUGUUGUAAAGUAAAUGAUUGGUAUUCUGGUAUUCUGGAUGAACAGCAACACACAAAUUAUUGAUCUGGUGAAAAUGCAACAAUCAGUUUAAAGGUAUUUUGUAGAAAAGUUAUUCUGAACCGCUGCUUUGGUGUCAGUGCGCCAUCUGGUGGGCCUCGGGUGUACUUCCAAAUUGUUAGUUUAAAUUAUAGAAAAAUAUAUAAAUAUCUUGUCAUUUUAAAAGCUAGUUAUUUUUCAUCUAAAUUUGUUGAAGAAUUCACAUAAAUAAACAAAAAAUGUCAAAUUGAAUUGCAUAAUUUCAAUGACCAGUUUACCAAUCACUACACAUCCAAUUGUUUUGCCAUGUUAGCUAGUUAAUAAUAAUAAUAACUUUAUACAUAUAUAUAUAUAUAUAUAUAUAUAUAAACAGAGUUUACUAAGUGCUUUGACAGACAAAGCAGCAAAAGAAAGGAAAUAAAACAACAGAAAGAUCAACACAAGACAAACUGAGGUAAGAGUUAAACCUGAUAAAACAGAACAAUAGAUGGAACAUAACACCAACUGACUUGAUAAAAAGAAACGAAGAAAUUUAAUAAAUAAUUUAGUAAAAUAAAAUAAUGUCAAAAAAGGAAUUUAGUUCGAAGCCAAACAGACAAAGUCUUAAAGUAACAAUAUCUGGUGGAGAAACCUUGUUGUGGAGUUCUCGUAGCACAAUGAAGGCUCACUGUGUUGUUUGUGUCACGUGUUUGCAUGAUGAUGCAUUCAAGUGCACAGGUAACAUGACACACAUCCCUGCAGCCUACAGGCAGUGGUGGAGCAUGAAGAACGUGGAUUGACAGCAAACAUGGAUGUAAACAAUACGUGAUUUGAAAUAAAAACAUUUUAAAAUCAGAUUUGCUAUUGAUUUGUGAGAAAGGAAAUGCAUUCAACACAUUUGUUAACAUGCAAAAUCAAUGCAAAUAUACGUCAGCGUGAGUUGAAAUGUUGCCGUAUACAUCUGGUAGAGACCUGUCAAUCACCGUGUA